GUGAAAGUAUGGCGGCCAUCUAUGAUGUCGGCAUCGGGCUGUUUGAGUUGUACGUGUUAUUUUCACUAGUCAACUAAUAAUACCUAACUGUGCAGCACAGUGCAACAUGUGACUAGCUAAUAUGCCAGUAGAAAGCUCAAACACGACAAAGAAAAGCAUAUUUUGUACGGGAGCGUAGGUGUUGCGCCUUGCAGUUCAACGAUGGAGGAUGGAAUAUCGAAGUUUGUUCAGAAAAAGGUUCUGUAUGCAGGGAAAGGAGACAUACCUGCCUUUGAUAAAGGUGCGAAAUGUACUUUCCACUUCUCUACAAAACGUGUUCCGACAGACGCAACUGAUCCGGGUGUUUUUAUCGACAACAGCAAAGAGCUUAACCGCCCUAUGGAGCUGCUUAUAGGAAAGGAAUUCAAGCUUCCGAUUUGGGAGCAGUGCAUAAAAUCAAUGAAGGUGGGCGAAGUUUCAGAAUUCACCAUACACCGCUCCCUUUUGGACUCUUACCCACUUGUUUCUCAGAGCUACAGAUCGUUCGCAGGUGUUGGAAAGCCACCACGAAGGCGCUGUUGUGGCUUAAUGGCAGAAGAUGACUACUCAACAGGAAACCCACAACUUGAUAAGUGGGUUAAAGACGAACAGGACCUGGUGUGCACUUUUGAGCUGCUCAAAGUUCAGGAACAAGGAGAGUACGAAAAGGAUUCGUGGGCAAUGACUGCAGAAGAGCGGUUGGAUAUUGUGCCGUCGUUAAAAGAACAGGGCAAUGCCUCGUUUAAACAGGGCGACUACAAACGUGCAAUAGAUAAAUACAAAGAGGCAUUGGAUCAUGUUGAAAAUCUUAUGUUGAGGGAAAAACCUGGCGACGAGGAAUGGAAAGACCUCAACAAGUUGAAGAUACCUCUGCUCCUGAACUAUGCACAGUGUAAGCUGUAUGAAGGAGACUAUUAUGAAGUGAUACGGCAGACGACAGAGGUUCUGAAGACAGACCCUGACAACACCAAAGCUCUGUUCAGAAGAGCUAAGGCACAUUUUGGCUGCUGGAGUCCAGAUGAAUGCAGAGCCGAUUUGCAGAGGCUGCCUGAUUUAGAUCCCACACUUGCCGGUGUUGUGCAGAAAGAGCUUAGAAAGCUUGAUGCUGAGAUCCAGAAGAAAGCAAAGGAGGACAGUGAGAAGAUGAUGAAGAUGUUCAAAUAAGAUGCCCAGACAGACGUAAGCAAGGCUUGAAAGGUUUUUAGUCGUCACUGUGACAAGAAGCAUUUUUAUGACUGUUUCUUGUGAUGCACAUGGAUGUACACAAGAGCGUCCGGUGUGUACCGGAUGAUGAUGUAUAGCAUUAGCUGGUAAUAUAGAUCCUCUCGGGAAAAAGAUUAUAUCACAACACAUCACUGAGUAUUUUGAAAGCAAGAAUAAAAAUGUUGAAUUUUCGUCAU